CCCCAAAUGACUGCAGAACAGACAUCGCGUGACACAGGCAACCCCGUGCGCGUCAUCCGGAGCCACAAAGUGCUUUCCGAUUUUGCGCCUGCCAAAGGCUAUCGGUAUGAUGGUUUGUACACUGUUGAAACCGCAUGGAAAGAGAAAAAUUCCAAAGGUCUGGAUAUCUGCCGCUAC